UUCACGGUGACACACGUUGCUUGCGUUGCCGUCAGAGUUUUCGACGACGUGUGGAUACACACCUUUUUCGACUUCCAACCGCAUCAACCAGCGCGUACAAAAUCAGUUUACUCACUUUUUCCACGCGCCAACCCGAUGGCGGCAUCUCAGGACUUUGGGGUCAGGGUCCUCACGUAUAUCCGGGAGUUCACGGCUGGAGCGGCUACGCUGCUGCAGGAGACACCGGCAGUGGGCAUCGCCUGCAAGGCGUAUCUGGCCUUCGAGGACCUGGUGCAAACGGCGACCUCUAACAAGCUCGAAUUGUCCGUGCUCGGGGAGCUUAUUGAUCUGGUCUUGCAACGCUACGUGAAACGGUGCGCUGAAAGGGAGCAAGGUGUGCGUCAAGAGCUCCUUUCGCUUGAGAACCACAUCAAGAGCGCUGAGAGCGUCGCCGGUCUGUGCAACGGAAAGGGGCUGAAACGGCUCAAGCAGCUGACCCUUUGCCGCAGGAUAUGCAACGAAAUCGAGUCAGUACGAAAGAAUGUCCUACAUUUCUGCACGAUCAACAACCUCGUCCUCACGAGUGAGCUAUCUUUCAAACUGGACGACGUGGCCAGACUACUGGAGGCGCAAGACCAAACGUUGAAGGCGGUGAUGGAGAAACCGGGCAGGGUCAACAUUCCCUCCGGAGCCCCUAGCAUUCGAGACUGGUACGUUGAACGGGUCAAGGUCGAGGCCCAGAUCUGCCACCACCUCGGCAUCGGGACAAGCAACGGAAUCCCCUCCUUCCCCGAAGAGCAGCCGCGGAUGGUCGGACUGGCGGGGCCCGGCGGAGCGGGGAAGUCGACCGUCGCCUCGAUGGUGGUCACCCAGGUGGACGUGCAGGCGUUCUUCCGGGGCAGGGUACUGUGGCUCUCGGUGGGGAAGGGGGCCAAGGACCGGCUGCCGACGCUCAUGUUCGAGCUCGCGAAAACGGUGCGGGAGACGGUGCUGCAGAAGAUGGCCAGGCGGCCGCGGGAGGCGACCGUCGGCAUCAACUCCGAGGACGGGGCGGCCUACAUCCGCGAGGAGGCGGGCAAGGGCGACACGCGCUUCCUGGUGGUGGCCGACGACGUCUGGGACGCGGAGGUACUGGCGGAGCUCAGGAGAGCCGGGGCGUGGGUCAUCUACACCACCCGCAAGGCCGAACUCUUCCCUGAAACCCCGGCGAUUAGGCUGGAGGAGGUCCUGGAGGAGGAGGCGGAGAUGAUGCUUCGGCGGGCGGCCGACCUCGGCGAGAAAACCCGCCUCCCCCCGGCGGCGUACGAGCUGAUGAGGCGGUGCGACUUCUCCGUGCUGGACCUAGCUUUGGUCGGUCGGUGGGGCAAAAUCCGUGGCAGAAGCUGCGAGAGGGCGUGGCGAGCGGCGUUGGACAGCAUCAUAGAGACCCAGCGCGCCGGCGGCGACGGCGGACAGCUGCUCCCGUGGCGCGCGGCGGUCCUCCGAGCUGGGCUCGGCGUGCUCGCGAGCGACAACCCCCAGACGACGGAGCUCUACUACGCCCUGGCCCUGCUGCCGACGGGGCUAGCGUUUCCCCCGGAGGUCGCCUUGAUCCUGCUGUACGGGGACGACUUCUCCGAGAGCGCCCUGAAAGCGGCGGAGGCCGUCCUGGGAACCCUCGAACGCCUGUCGAUCCUGACGCUGGAGGAGAACAGCGGGUGGUACCACGUCCACGAGAACCACGUGGACUUCGUCCUAGACCGCCCUCUGGCGAAGCACUACACGAGGGACACGGCGCUUCCCCGGUGGCGGCAGUACAUCUCGAGCGUGAGGGCCCUCAACACCUACUCGAGCGCCUGGCUCGACAAGGUCUGGGAGAAGCUCGCAAAGGUCGAGGGGGAGGGCUUCGUCCGCAGCCCGUACAACGCGGCGUUGAGCGCGAUAAUGGACGACUCGGAGGGUGAGCUCCUGGAGGCCCUGCGGAGGGCCGCGGAGUUUCACUUCUGCCGGGGGGACUGGUCGGAGGCCUUCGACAAGUACUCCGAGCUGCUGCUGAUCAAGGAGCAGACCGCCGGCCCCGACCACCCCGACGUGGCGAAAAUCCUGCACAACCUGGGGAUGUGCGCUUGCGAGGUCGGGCGAGAAAAGGAGACCGAAGGGUAUCUCCGACGGGCCCUGGCGAUCCAGGAGGAAAAGCUAAACCCCAACGACCCACACAUCGCGAGCACCCUGCACUCCCUCGGGGUGUACAUCCGCACGACCGGGAAAGUCGAGGAGGCCGAGGGCUUCAUCCGGCGAGCCCUUGACAUCAGGAAGGGGAAGCUCUGCACCGACCCACUGAUCUUGGGACGCACGCUGUACUCCCUCGGCGUUUGCGCCUACGACGCGGUGCGGCUGGAGGAGGCCGAGGAUCUGCUCCGGCAAGCACUGGCCACGAGGGAAGAGGUGUUGGGCAGCGUGCACCUGGAAGUGGCGGACACCCUGCACGUCCUGGGCGGGUGCGCGUUGAAGGCCGGGCGGAUAGAGGACGCCGAAAAGCUGUACCUGCGAGCGCUCGUCAUCAGGGAGGAGAAGCUUCGAACGGACCACCCGGACGUCUUGCGGACCCUCCGGAACCUCGGGAUAUGCUCCGUGCACAAGGCGAGGCUGUCGGAAGAGUCUGCCGGGGUGGUUCGUCGAACGCUUGCGAUUGUGUAGGAGACACGAAGCAUAUCGCUGAUCAACCAUCCAAGCGUAGCCUAGCACGGGAAUGCCUCAAAGUUGUUCCGUAGUGUACGUGCCGGCCCGCUUGAAGUAAAUACCCAACCAAGUGUAGCCAGGCACGGACAUGCCCCAAGUGCAGUGCCAGCCCGCUAAAAAGAAAUAAAUACCUUUUGCCUUUGAGCAAGGCUGUAACACCUUGCAGUGUCUCACUCAAUGAUUGAGCACAAGCGGAUAAUGCUAGGCACGCCCCAUGAAGAUUUACGGUAGUAGUGCUGGCGACUAAGCCCUUACGCCAAUUAGUUAUGCUUCUUUUUCGUAUGUUUGCUUCUUUCUUACGGGAGAAAUAAAAACAAGCUCAUCUCUAUCAAUUAAUAGAGAAGAGUCCAGGGUUAAUGAUUGUGGGAUGUAUUCGUGUCGUGUUGUUACGGGUGUGUAUGUAUGUAUGUAUGUAUGUAUGUAUGUAUGUAUGUAUGUAUGUAUGUAUGUAUGUAUGUAUGUAUGUAUGUAUGUUGUUCCAGUUGUCGUUGUUUUCCAAAUACAUGAGCAUGGAUUUCUUGUGAUAGGAGAGACCCGACCCUGCUGCUCGCCGAUUCGCACGUCCAUCGACCGGAACCUAGUGAUCACAGUAUUGUCAGCAGCGUUUCGACAGAAAUUAGUCUGUUGAACGCGACCCUAUCAUCGAUAUGACGAGCGAUGGGGCUCCGCUGUGAAGUUGUUUCUGACGGAAGGUAUUCUCGAUACGAACGAAGCUGAGCUGCUCUGCGGGUCAACUAUCCUCCCCCUAGAUGGGCAAUACAAGGUUUAUUUUGAGUUACACGUUUUUUGCUGGAUAUGAACGUAGUAGGCAAUAGGUCUCUGUGUGCUCAGUAGUGUCAAUAACCAAUGUUGUCUGGUUGUCUUCACAUUAUUAAUCCCUCCGGUCUCUUCUCGGUAUGUACAUAUGUAGGUUAAGCAUUUUUGGGAGGAGGGUGCAGCAACAACAUCGUCUAGGGGAUUGUUGCAGCAGAACUUUGUAGAUGGUGACAAGUUGUCAAGGUUUCUGAGAACGAAUUUCUGAGCACGGCAGUAAGUUUUGGAAGGUGUGCAUGUACAUAUGUAGGGAUGAUGUGCGUUUCGGAUUGAGGUCGUAGCGGGAUCUAUCAGAUGACUCGUGAUGCUACGUAGAAUCCCGCUAGCACCUUUGAAGGAGAGCCCCGAGCAGCGGGAACGAGGAGAGGGAGGGAGAGAUUGUCUACGUAUGUAUGUUGUUGUUGUGGCCGGAGUUGAUCUAUUUAGUUUAGUGAGUAAAGAUGUGCCUGUUUCAAUGUCUUUUCCGUCUGUGGCAUUAAAUUAGACGAAUAUAGUCCUUCUACAAACGCUACAAACGUAAUCUUGCGACGACUUGCGCGUAAGCUGUGAAGAAAAAUAUGACGUGGAUAACGGCGUUGGACGAGAGAAAGCACAGACGGACGUGUAUUUUUGUCGUGGGGUAUAGAGGUACAAGUAAGUGUGAUAGAAUGUUGGGUGAUGACGACGGGAAAAUUCCGAAGUAGAACCUGGAGGGAACACCUUGCCACUAUUAUAUCAGAAUCGGUUAUAAAAUGGCCAUGAUUUUUUUUUUGUGCUUCCUGAUAAUCAAGGGAGGAGCGUUGACGGCUAAAAUAUUAUCG